GCGCGACUCGGAGGACCUUAGCGCAAAGAUCGACGGCCUCGCCCGCGCCGUCUCGCCCGCGCCCUCCGCCUCCUCCUCCGCCGCCUCGCCGUCGCAGCCGCCCGCCUCGCCGCCGCCGCUGCCCGAGGCUGGCUCCGACGCCGAGGCGGACCUCCUCCAGCGCCUCCUCCACGCCUACCUCCUCCGCCUCAAGCGCUCGCGCGUGGCCGGCGCACUUCGCGCCGUCGGCGGCGGCGGCAACGCGCGCAAAUCGCCCGCGCGCAGGUCGCCCGCGCGCCGGUCUCCGCUCGCCGGAGGCCCCGGAGGAGGCCGCCGCAGGAGCAUGUCGCCGCUCGCCCGCGGAGCCGCCGCCAGCGCUUCGCCCCGCCUCGCGUGCGAGGCGCAGCUCGACGGGCGCAGCUGGCCGAGCGCCGCCACGCCGCCGCUCUCGCGCGAUUGCAGCGAGCAGUCGUUGGCGGAGAGCGCCGCCUCGCCGGCGUACGGGCACGUCACGCCGGCCCGCCGCUCGGUGCGGCUCGCACAGCGGGCGGAGCGGCGGCGCUCGGUGGAGUGAGCGGGGGCGGGCCAACAGGGCGGCUCACGCGCCCAAAUCGUGUUCACGGGGCCCCGCGCCCCACCCUGGACGCCUUGCAAGUUAGUGGCAUUGGUGCCGAUUUUUGGAUCGGUACUCUCACAGCCGGACGGUGCCACAACGGUCGCGGUGACGAGACGCUAUUGCGUAUUGGUAUUGCUCGCCAUCGGCAUCGUGCAGACCAGAGUGCAAGAGGCUACCCCUAUAUAGGUCAUCACAGAUUAUAAUGUUAUGAGAUC